AUGUGGUCCCAGAAGCAGUUCACUCUCCAGCCCAAGUCGCGUGGUUCAUACCUCAUCACCAACCAGGUCGUCCAGGCUGUUCCCGAGAUUAGGGAAUACAAGGUCGGCCUGCUCAACCUGUUCAUCCAGCACACGAGCUGCGCCCUCAGUCUGAACGAGAACUUCGAUGAGGAUGUUCGUGAGGACAUGAGUGACGCUCUGGAUCGUAUUGCUCCUGAGGAGGGUCCCAAGGGAGAGGCUCUUUACCGUCAUGAUGCCGAGGGUCUUGAUGACAUGCCCGCCCAUAUCAAGUCGGCCCUCAUUGGAGCCAGCGUCACCAUUCCUAUCAAGGACGGAAAGUUGGCCACCGGCACAUGGCAGGGGAUCUGGUACCUCGAGUUCCGAGCUAGCAAACACCAGCGUCGGGUUGUGGCUACUAUCCAGGGAGAAAAGGCAUAA